GACUUGAACAGGCUCGUACGUCAUGGAAGGGGCGGGUCCAUUGUGGAGGGGCCUUCUGGGCGGGCCCGACAAAGAAGAAGGUCUUGGGAAGAGACGAUGCGGGGUCCUAAGAAGGCGGAGUUUAGAAAUAACUUGCAUCAGGGGCGGGCGCUUGAGAGCUCCAAAGGGAGGGGCUACGUAGCAGGUUCACAAUGGGCGGGGCUUGGGGAAAACUGGCUGGGAGGGGAGGGGCUUUGUAAAGGGAGGAGCUAAGGAGAACGUUCUAUUGGGUUGAGACCUAGGACUACAAGGCCUAGGGGCGGGAAGAGGACCUCGGAGUAUUCCAAAGAGAGAUCAAGGUUCGUGAGGAGCUGGACUCAAGCCGGCCAUCAGAAGAGCAGGGCCUCGAGUCCGGGGGCGGGGCCUAGGUCUCGGAGUCCGCCCUCGCUGUCUCGCCCGCUUGCCCUCACCCGCUUCACCCCCGUUCUUUUCAGUUAUUUUCUGCUACGGCCGUUCCCCUCUCUGCCCUGGGCCCAGGGGGUCACGGUCUGAACCUGGGUCGGCUGGAGGAGUCGGUGAGCGAGAACCUCUGAGCAAAGGCGGAGCCAGGACGGAGCUUGGGGAAGGGGUGCGGCCUGAGUGCCUAGGUCUGCGGGUAGACCAGGCUCGGGUAACGAGUUUAGGAGUGAGGCCUGAGCAUCUGCCACUCCCUGGGACGAGGGUGGGACCUAAUGAUCGACAGAGAGAGAAGGGGAUCCGACGGGUAGAGGUGAAGACUGAGGGGUUAGCUUGACAAGAACACCUGGUAUUUGUUAGGCGGAGGCGGGGCCAGACGGGAGUUAGGGAGAUGAUGAGCCCCGAUUCCCAGACAAUCGGGGACAGGACAAAAGAGAGGAGGUAGCGCAUGGGCCUCUGCAGGUGGGUUGGAGUGCUGAGAGAGAGGCUUGAACUCCUUGUAGGCCUUGUAGACUACUUAGCCCAACCAUAAUGAAUUAUGUGGCCUGAGUGAAUGAUAGGAAGGCAGGAAACACCUGUAUCUUGGAGCCUGAAGAGCUUGAAGCUGGGGGACGUGUCCAAAGUAUAAGGAUGUGAUCUGAAGGACCAGCCAGGGAGACAGGAACCAAAAGUUAGUACACUAAGAGGACUGGGCCUAAGUGUCCAUGAACAGCAGCUGUUUUGGUCCAUGGGGAGGAAGACGUGAGCAUGGAGUCAGGGAACAGAAAUGCCGCUAGAAACUAGGGCCUGAGUGGAUCUUGGAGGACAGGAGGAGGUCUGGUUUGGACGGGUAGGACCAAGUACAGCCAGCCUCAUGGGGUCCCCACAGCCCUAGCCGACUGACUGCUGUAAGUUUUUCUCACUACAGUCCCAGACCUCCGUCAGAAAUGGGGAAUGUGCAAUCGGAGCCCUCCGCGGGCAGGGGCUCCCGAAAACAGUGGGCUUCGGACCGCUCCUCCGAAACUCUCCGGACAUCCCCGGUGGAGCCCGAGGUGACUCCCUCUUCCCCAGCCAUGCGCCUGGCUCGAGGGCUGGGCGUCUGGUUCCCUGGCAGCUCCGCUGAGCCCCAGGCCUCACCCUCGCCCCUGACCUUAGAACUGCCCUCACCAGUGACGCCCCCUUCAGAGGCGGCGGCGGCAGCUGCAGUCUCCACACCAUCCACAUCCCCCGUGGGGCCCCUUCUGCCCGCGCCGUCUCAGAGGCGAAAACCCACUGGCAUUCGGGUGCCCCGGAUCUGCAGUCUGCUGGAGGCGAGCCACCGAAGACAAGGCGACCCUCCGAGCCUCCGCCAGCUGCUGCCACCACCCCGUCAACUAACCGAAGAGGAUCUCAACCGUGCCCCAAGGGCCCCAUCCCCAACUCCGCCGCCCCUGGAGCCGCGGGAGCAGCCGCCACCGCCACCUUCUGACCGGCAGCCCCCGAACCUCAGAACCACUCCUGCUCUGGCCACACCCACCGCAACCCCUGCAGAAAACCAGGCCCGGCAGAGCAGCGACGGCCUGACGGUUGACGGAGCCCGCCGAGAGCCGCCUCCUCAACCGGGAGAGGGCGAAAUGGCCCGGCCCUCAGCCUCUGAGUCCGGCCAGAGCCUGCUGUGUAAAGUCACCUUCAAGUCAGGGCCCCUUUCACCUGCUGCGGCAGCGUCGUCCAGCUCCUUAGCAGCCAAAGCCUCCCUCGGGGGCAGCAGAGGCGGUGGACUCUUCGCCGCCGCCUCGGGCUCCAUCUCUUACGCUGAGGUCCUGAAACAGGAGCCCCUAGCUCCUGGGGCCACUCGCCCCUCGGGAGAGGUCCCUCGGGGGGCUAGGGAAGCAAAGGGCAGUGACGGAGACGGCGAGGGCUGUUCUGGACCACCCUCAGCGCCUGCAUCUCAUGCCCAGACCUUUCCACCACCACCCUACACCAUCUUCCCAGGCUCCAAGCCCAAAUUUGACUGGAUGAGCCCUCCGCAUGGCCCCGAAGGCCACUUCCGCUUCAAAGGAGCAGGCGGAGGCCUCAGGGCUCCCCGGAGGCGCGCUGCCGCGCUCUCACGGCCCUGGGGCACCCCGCUGGCUACGCCAGGGCAAAUGCAACUUUAUCCCCGGCCCAGGAACCCUGCACCCCCCCUGCUGGUGCCGCCUAAGUUCAUCUUCCCGGCGCCCACCAGUGGCAAGCCUGUGAACCCCAGGCCCCCAGGCCCGCAGGAGUUAGCGCCGCCGCCGCCGCCGCCCACACCGCAGCCACCGGUGUUCCAGCUCACGCCGCUGCCGGUAGUGCUCCCGGCCACCCAAGUCCCGGGCCACUUGGAGUCGGCCCCCGCUCCUGCUCCAUUUCCCGCUCUGCCCCUUGCGGCCGACCAGAUCCCCGCCCUCACCCUCGCCCUCGCCCCAGCUUUGACCCCGGCCCCGGCCCCAGCUCCAGCUCCCACCUUGGCGAAGCCGCAGCCGCCCGCUCUAACGCCCAUCAAGGCCCGUACUCGCAGAAACAAGGGUCCCCGAGACGCCCGGGGCAAGACCCGUGAGGAUGGUGCACCUGGAGAUGGUCCUCGAGAACGGACGGCACCUACUGUCACUGACAGAGGAAGCAGAGGAGGUGGAGGCGGCGGGGCUUCUCUGGCCGCGACGGCUAACAUCCGUACCACGCGCCACUGGCCGCCCUUUCAGGUGCUUAACUCUUGCCCCUGCAAGUGUUACUGCCGCCACCAGCCACACCAUCGCCGCCUGCCAUGCAACGUGUCUGCCUGGCUGAGCACACCCACCAACCACCUGAGUGAGCCGCCCUGGGUCACCACCAUCAAGCUUGCAGGUUCCCUGGUAGCAGGGCUGGAGCACUACGACUUGCAGGACACCCAUUCCAACUGAGCGCAGUCUGUACCAUGUCCUCCAUCUUCCCCCUCCUUGACAAUAAAAUAAGCAUCCAGAUGCCUAGCUGCCCAUCAAUCACCUGAUAAGGGUUGAAAGGGUGGGUUGAGGCAGUACAGAGGUUUCUAUGAAGGUGCAUCAUCCUGCAGUUAAGGAGGCUGGACCCAUUGCAGAGGUUCCAUUCAUCCAACAUCCAAAUUGACAGGCCCAGGGGUGAGAUCAUCUUGUUCCCCUUAAUCCAUCAUCAACGCUGUU